AUGGCCCAUGUUGACCGCACAACGCUGUUGGUACACUGGCUUUUCAGCUGCGUAGCAACUGUCAUUAUAGUAGCAAGGGUGGUAUGGCGCAAAAUCGUAUGGCGCAAGCUGAAUCUGGGCGACUGGCUUAGCAUAGCAGCGAUUAUCUGCAUCGUAAUCCGCAUGGUUAUGAUCCAUUUGGUCUUGACAUUGGGAACAAGCAAUAUGUCAGAAGAAUAUAGGAGGUCACACCAGUUUACUCCUCAAGAGGUUGCCCAAUGUGAAACUGGUAGCAAGUUGGCCCUCGCCAACCGCUUCGUUUAUACCACCUAUUUGUGGUUGCAAAAGCUUGUCUUGCUGGAUGUCUACCGUAGACUGUACCAGAACCUGCGGUUUGAAAAGAUAAUUGUGACCAGCAUUCUGGUAAUAUUCUUUGGCACAUAUGCUGCGUGUCAGAUCACAAACUUUGUCGAGUGCAGGCCGAUAGAGCUGUACUGGCAAGUCGUGCCGGGUCCUGGCUCUUGCGUACAAGCACAGGUGCAGCUUAUAGUGGUUGGCGUAACAAACAUCGUGACCGACUUCAUCCUCCUUGUCCUCCCGCUGCCGGUCGUCUGCCAGAUGCUCUCUGCAACUUGGCAGCGCAAGGUCCAGCUCGUCGCCCUCUUCAUGCUGGGCAUCUUGAUCAUCAUCAUCACCGCGGUCCGGCUCCCCAUCAAUCACAACAACGCCGACAGCCAGCUAAGCCGGACGACUUGGGCCAGCAUCGAGCUGCUCGUGGCCGCCUUUGUGGUCAACGCACCGACGCUGUACGGACUCUGGAACAAGAGGCGGCAGGACAGCAAACAUAUUGCAUCGUCCCACAUGACGGGUCCGGGCAUGCACGGCCUCGGGACGAGCAGGACCCAUCGGAAGCUCCGCGACGAGGAGAGCAACGGCAGUGAAUCGUACCAGAUGGACAGCCCUUGGGGGCUUUCGGAGCCUCAAAGCCCCAAGAAUGCCAUCACUCUCACUAGGGAAGUGAUUGUGCGUUCGGAUACGAUACCACAAGCUGAGUUGGGAAAUGUUGGUGGCAUUCAACCAAAUUCACAGGCGGCUUGUGACAGCAGGAAGUGA